AAUGGCGGAAGGUUUGUUUAAACUUUUGUCAUGGGUCCUGUGUUUAGGACUAAUCGCAGGGAUACAUUGUUUUCAAUGUCCCAAUAAUCCUGAGAAUGGCUAUUGGGAUAAGGAUUCGUAUAGAGAGCGGUGUAUUUUGAGAUGUUUCGAUGGUUUUGAACCGUCAGACUGCCAUGUUCUCCGACCUGUACGUGGUGGACGAGAAUGGAACCGUGGAAUUCCGGAUUGCCAGGAAGCGAGCACGGUAUCCGGAAAAACCAUCCUUGCUGUGGGGGUCGGGACAGCAGCGGCUGUGGUGGGCGUUCCAGCGGUUUUGGCUGGGGCAGGUUUUACGGCGGCCGGGGUAGCGGCUGGAAGCUUGGCCGCCUGGCUCCAGACUCCAUUCACAGCCGCCGGUGGUUGGUUCGCUGCCUCACAGAGUGCGGGUGUACUGGGAGCUGCCGCCUCCACUAAGGCGGGUGUGGGGACCUUUACAGGAUUGGUUACACAUUACUUCUCCUCUGGAAAUUGUGAAAAGGAAUAGUUCCGAUAAUUGUUGUAAAACGCUCAACAUUUUAUGUCUCGUAAAAAAAAAAAAUGUACGUUUAAUUUCUUUUCUUUUCUUUUUUUCUAAAAUUGAUAGUGAAGUUUCAUAAUAUAUCUAAAUGUAAGACUAAAUAAAUUCCUUGUUUAAUAAAGUUAUAUUAUAUAAGGUAUGAUAUGGAAGACUCGGAAAAAUGUUGACAUGCUAUAAUAUAUGUGACUGAUAGUCACACAUGAAGAUUUAUUUAUCUUUAAUAUGAGGUGUCCAAAGGAAAAAAAUACUGAUAUUCUGGUAAAUCAUGGUUAUUAAAUAAAACAAUUUUUUGGUUGUUA